AUAAAGUUUUAUCAAUUUUAUUAUUAAGUUCUUUUUCCAUUUCAAUUAGUUGUGGUCCGAUGAUACUUAGUACGUCUAUUCAUGGUGAGAUUUUACCUUCCAGAUUUAAAUCUUUAGGAGUUAUUUUAACCGCUUUAUUGUUUUAUAUGUUAUUAUCGACAACGUUAAAAAUAGCGCCCGUUAUUUUUAAAUUAAUGGGUCUAGAUGGAGCUUUCCUUUUUUAUGGUAUAUCGUCAGGUUUUUGCUUUAUAUUGUUAGUUAAAUAUUUACCUGAGACAAAAGAUAAAACAUUACAAGAAAUUGAAGAGUUAUUUAAACGUAAAGGAAAUGUAAUAGAAUUAGAAAAGUUACAAAAAUAAAUAAUUAAAAAUGUAGACCAAACAGCUGUCGUUCGCGAUACCGUCCGCAAAUAAUUAAAAAAAAACUUAAUUAGUAGUCUAUGUGU